AUGGGCUGCUGUUCCAGCCGCUGCACGCUCAUCUUUCUCUGCACUUUCCAGCUGGUCACCGCCCUGGAGAGGCAGGUGUUCGAUUUCCUGAGCUACCAGUGGGCGCCCAUCCUGGCCACGUUCGUGCACAUCGUGAUGGUGAUCCUGGGGCUCUUCGGCACCAUCCAGUACCGGCCUCGCUACGUGGUGUACGCUGUGUGGGCCACCAUCUGGGUCACCUGGAAUGUUUUCAUUGUCUGCUUCUACCUGGAGGUGGGCGGCCUCUCGAAGGACAGCGAGCUCCUGACCUUCAGCCUCUCCCAGCACCGUUCCUGGUGGCGUGAGCAUGGCCCUGGCUGUCAGCGUGAGGAGCCAGCGGCCGGCCUGGGGGCCCACGUUGGCCAGGCUGUGGUGCUGGGCAUAGGCUGCACCCUGGAGCAUGGCUACGUGGAGGCCCUGCACAGCACCCUGCAGAUCCUGGUGGCACUGGUGGGCUUCAUGUGUGCCUGCUGCGUGGUCAGUGUUUUCACCGAGGAGGAAGACAGCUUCGAUUUCAUUGGUGGAUUUGACCCAUUUCCUCUCUACCGUGUCACUGAAAAGCCUUCCAGCGUCUUGUCCGAGCAGGCGUACUUGUAAGCAUGGCCAGCAGAGCCCGCCCGCUGGGCCCGGCUGGUCCGUCAGCAUGGCCGGACGUGCUCCUCGGGGCAGCCUCGUCGGUCUGCCUGCCCAUCCAUCGUCCAUCC